GCGCUCUGCGUUGGAGGCCUACGGCUUUCGAAGCGACGGGGGCGCGUGCCCCUCGUGCCCACCAUGCCGCGCCCGACGCGAGAGAGCUACGGCGACCAGAAGCCGCCCUACUCGUACAUCUCGCUGACGGCCAUGGCCAUCUGGAACAGCCCCGAGAAGAUGUCGACGCUGGCCGAGAUCUACAAGUUCAUCAUGGACAACUUCCCUUACUACCGCAAGAACACGCAGCGCUGGCAGAACUCCCUCCGCCACAACCUCUCCUUCAACGACUGCUUCAUCAAGAUCCCUCGGCGCCCCGACCGCCCCGGCAAGGGCGCCUACUGGACCCUCCACCCGUCCGCCAUGAACAUGUUCGAGAACGGCAGCUUCCUCCGCCGCAGGAAGCGCUUCAAGAUCCCCCGCGACGAGAAGGACGUCCUCGAGGUGGGCCUGGCGCAGAUUACGUCGCCGCCGCGCGUCGCGCCCGAGGAGCCCCGCCUCCCCCCGGGCCUCCCGCCGCCGCCCCUCAAGCUGCACGGCGAGCCCCUGGCGCCCGCCGCCCACGCCGCCCUGCUGCCGCCCCUGCACCUGCUGCCCCCGGCCUGCCUCUCGCGGCUGCCGCCCCCGCUGCUCUACCCGCCGCACCUCAUGUACCCCGGCUGGGGCGCCGCGCCCUUCCUCCACUCCCUCACCACCUACCUACCGCACCCGCCGCCCCUGCCCCCGCCUCCGCCGCCGCCGCCGCCGCCCGUGGUGCCGAGGCCUAUCAAACCCACACCCGUCCUGGCCCGCCCGCCGCCCAUGCUGGAGGGCGCCCUCACGGGAGUGACUGACAGUGAUGCGGUGCCGCCCUCGGCUCCCGGCACUCGCAGGAGGGCGCAGGAUUCUUUUCCGACGCGGCGAGGCGCUCGGCCUCUGCUCGCACGAGAAACGGGAACAUUACCGGUGCGAGCCCGCGCCGCCCCGGCAAGGCUGAGCACACGUUACCGCACCGUCGGGUAA